GGGGAGGGAGGAGGGGGGCCCGGGCAUGGCGGAGGUGUUGGAGUUCCGGGUGCCUGCGGGGAGCGCGCAGACAUUGCUGGUCUGGGGGCUGGAGCCCACGCAUUCCCUGUUCUCAGUGUUUUCAAAAUUUGGGUUGCUUUACUCGGUGCGAGUGCACAGCAAUGCUGCUGUGGCGGGGCCUGGCUGCUAUGCCAUCAUCAAGUUCUACUCAGCUGCAGACGCCAGCAGAGCCCAGCACGCGUGCAACGGGCAAAGGCUGUUUCAGAACUCUCCACUGAAGGUUUGCGUUUGCACCAAGCAGAAGGGAUUUCAGCAGCAAGUCCUGGCUCUCAACAGCAACAAGUGCCAGGAAUUGGCCAACCACUACCUUGGCUUUAACGGCUGGUCCAGCCGCAUCAUCACACUGCAGAACGUGUCUGGCUUUGAUGAUGAGAAUGAGGAAGUGGGAAAGAAGCGAUCUGUGAGAUACCUGUGUGCUGUGGAAGUAACGCUGCCCAACCACGGGGUGCGCACGCGGGGAGUUGGGCUCAGUGAGGCAGACGUCGAAAGUGGUGAAGAUCCUCUGGAGUUUGUCACAGCCACAAGAAGAGUUCAGAAGCUCGCAGUCGGCAAAGCUUUGUCCAGUGCCUUUCAGAAGAUACUCCUUGUGGUUUUAGAGAGUGGUAAAGUGGCUGUGGAGUACAACCAUGCUGCAGAGGAGCCCACAGACUCCCUAACAGAGGAGGAACUGGAGGGGCUUGUUCAGGUCAGUGAAUUGCCUUUGGAACCAUUUGACCUCGAAGAAGAAGUUCUGUCUGACCUGACUCUGGAUGAUGAGCUCCCUGUGUGGGAGGUGCCAUCUAAUUAGUGCAGGUCUGCCUUCAGAUCACUUCCAAAAGUUUGAUUAGGAGUGAAAGUCUAAAGCUGUGCAAUGACAUCUACCUCAUAUGCAACAUUUUAUUUUUCUCCAAAUACAGCAGAACAGUGAAAGAAAUGGGCAACAGACCUACAGUUACUAAAAUUAGGCCCAAAAAUGUAUGCUGUUUCUGGAGAGAAAGUGUUUUCCUGUCAGCCUAUCCAGGUCAACUAUAUAUGGAAGCCAGCUUACCUACGUGGUUAUUAUUUAGACAGCAUAACAGAUGUGGAUAGCACUCAGAAAAAAAUAAAAUGAACAAGCGAGAGCGUGCAGUUUGGGUUAGCUCUGAUCAGCAGGAGAAAGCCAGAGGCGGUGAGAGAUGUCACACCAGCAGGAGUAGCUGUGGUACUUAAAAGUAAUACUCUUCUGGGUGAAGUUUCUCUUAGAGAGACAAACCUCAGCCCUGUGUUGAGGUAUUGAACAGUUGGGACAUCACUAUGAUGUAAAGCAAAGAUUCUUUUUAACUUAGAACACGUUUUUCAUUAAAUUAAGUAAACUUUUUUUUUUUCUUUUGUAA